AUGGCCAAAAAACAAAUAAAAAAGUCGGGCGAUGUUAGACGAGUUCUCCGCUCGAAACAUGAAACUGAUCUUGAAGAUCUCCAGAAAAAAGUAGAAGAGUUUGAACUCACGCCAGAAGUAACAAAAUUUUCUGAUCUCCCCCUUUCUAAUGAGACUCAAAAGGGUUUGAAACAAUCUCAUUACGUAGAACUCACCGAUAUCCAGCGUUCUGCUAUUGUACCAGCACUCAAGGGUCGCGACAUUUUGGGGUCUGCACCCACAGGGUCCGGGAAAACGCUUGCAUUUUUAAUCCCCCUGGUUGAGCGACUACAUCACCAGCGAUGGAACCGUGAAGAUGGUCUUGGUGCACUCAUCAUUUCACCUACACGUGAGCUUGCUCUGCAAAUAUUUAAGGAACUGCGCAAGGUGGGUCGAUGCCAUGACUUUUCUGCAGGUUUGGUGAUUGGCGGCAAAGACGUCAAAACUGAGGCAGAACGAUUGAACUCGAUUAAUAUUUUAAUUGGAACCCCAGGAAGACUUUUGCAGCAUAUGGAUCAAACACCUAAUUUUUCUCUGUUAAACUUGCAGGUGCUUGUGAUGGACGAAGCAGACCGUAUUUUAGAUAACGGGUUUAAGAAAACCAUUGAUGCUAUUUUGGACAACGUUCCAAGCGAACGACAAACCCUCUUGUAUUCUGCAACACAAACUAACUCUGUGUCAAGUCUUGCUCGUUUGUCCUUAAAGACUCCGGAGUAUGUGUCGACAAAUCCACCAGAAAAAACAGCUACCCCAGAUACCCUUGAGCAGUUUUACAUUGUCAUGAACCUGGCAGACAAGCUUACAACAUUGUACAGUUUCCUUAAAACGCAUCUCAAAGCCAAAAUCAUUGUAUUUUUUGCAUCUUCAAAGCAGGUGCGAUUUGUUUACGAAACAUUCCGCAAGCUGCAACCAGGUAUUCCUUUGAUCCAGCUUCACGGCAAGCAGCGACAACAGGCACGUAUUGACGCCACCGCAAAAUUUUCCAAGACCCAGCAUGCAUGUCUUUUUGCAACAGAUAUUGUUGCACGAGGCAUUGAUUUCCCCACAGUUGAUUGGGUUGUACAAGUAGAUGCUCCGGAUGAUGUUGCUACAUAUAUUCACCGCGUAGGCCGUACUGCUCGGUCUAAAAAGGAAGGCAAGGCACUUUUGUUUUUGACUGCUAAGGAGGAGCCUGCUAUGAUUGCACACUUGGAGGCCCGCAAAAUUCCAAUUUCCAAACUGACUGUGAAGGAAUCCAAGCGCAAGACAAUUCAAGAUAAGCUACAGGCACUGUGUUUCCAAGAUCCAGAGAUCAAGUAUCUUGGUCAAAAGGCAUUUAUUUGCUACGUGCGAUCGAUAUACUUACAAAGUGACAAGAACGUAUUUAAGGUGGAGGAUUUACCACUGGAAGAUUUUGCAAAGAGUCUGGGUCUUCCUGGUGCUCCCAAGCUUAAGAUUAACCCCAACUCUGUUGCGAGCGCCAAGAUGAAGAAGAAUAUUCCACACAAGGUAAUGCAAUUGGCCAAGGCCAAUGAUGAUGGUGAGAUUGAGGAGCCUGAAGCGGCCGAGCAUAAAACCAAAUAUGAUAGAAUGUUUGAACGCAAGAACCAAAACGUUUUGUCAGAGCAUUAUAAGAAGAUUUCAGGAGGCGGUAAGCCUGAGGAUGAUGAAGAUGAGGAUGAUUUUAUCACACUCAAGAGACAAAACCACGAUUUGAGCGAGGAAGAAGAAGAGGAAGAGGGGAAUGAGGAAGAAGGAGAAGAAGAAGAAGAAGGAGAAGAGGAUGAUGAUGAUGAUAAAGAGAAGGUUAUUAUGGAUUCCAAUGGGGUUCCUACAUCUAAGCGAGCCUUAAAGAAGGCACUUUCAAAGAAGCAAGUGGCUAUGGGUGCCAACAAGGUAGCUACGAAGCUCAAGUUUGAUGACGAGGGCAAUGCACACCCAUUGUACGAGCUGGAUACACUGGAAGACUUUAAGAAGAAGGGUAGUGCGGAAACUCAGAUUGCCGAGUUUUUGGGCAAGGAGAAGAAGGAGAUGGCUAGCCGGGAUGUUAAAGACAAGGAGAUGGAUCGCGAGAAGCGACAAGAGAAGAAGAGGCGGCGCAAGGAGUUUGAGCGGGCAGCUCUUGAGCGGGAGUUUGGAUACGAUGAUGAUGAGGAAGAAGAUGAAGGUGAUUAUAGUGAAGUGGAGCGAGAAGACAGAGAAGAAGAAGAAAAAGACGGAGAAGAAGAGGAUGAGUUUGGAUACGAUGCCGGAAUUGAUCGUCGGAAGCGUAAGAGAGGAGGAGAAGAAGAGGAGCGGGUUUUUGGGAAUGAUGAUGAGGAGUAUAAAGAUGUUGAGUUUGUUGAAAAGACAGAAAGAAACACAAAGAAGAAGAAGAAGAGCAAGCGAAGUAAUAAGGUUGUGGAGGUGUCUGAAGUUCCUACGAGUGUUGAAGAUCUUGAAGCAUUGACGAGCCAAUUGAUUGGGAAUUAG